AUGAAUUCAAGUUUAUAUAACGCCGUAUAUGAAACUGGAGAAGAACUGUUCUUAGGAACAUGCGACAGUAGAGGUGUUGGUAGAGUUGGCGUCCUCGUCAACACGACUAUGGCAAACAACAUCGACUCUUUCGAACAACUUACGACCCGAAUCGGACGUCUGCGGAUGAGAAGAUGUGGUCCAACACCAGCUUUGACUAUCUUCGUCGCUUACGCUCCAACAUCAAGCUACGAUGAAGAAGAAGUCGAAGCUUUCUAUAUGGACCUGGAGAAGUUCUACCGGGAAGAUCAUGCCUUCUGCAAGGUCAUAACUGGCGAUUUCAACGCCAAAAUCGGCCCCAGAAGAAUGCCAGAACAACUAACGGCCUACAAUGGGAUGAACAGCGGGGGGAGGCUCUCCGAGUUUAUCAUGACGACUAAGACCAUCCAUGGGAACUCGCAAUUCCAGAAGCCCUCCUCUCUAUGCUGGACGUGGGAGUCACCCGGUGGAGGCGAUGCUGCUGUUCUGCCAAAGUUCUAUGCGGGAUCGGACCAUCGCCUCUUCCGAGGAAGAUUUUCAUUCACAAGGAAAGAAGAGAGAGGAGAGAGAGAACUAGCUGGCUUUUGGGAACACUCCACAAUGCACAACAUCGACGAGGAAUAUGACCGAGAGGCGAUAAAGGAAGAUCUUAAAGAGAGAAGAGCAGAAGUGCUGGCUGAGGCCGCAGAGGCGGGGAAAAGCAUCCGCUUGCCCGUCGAGACUUCGCCAGUCGCAAGACAAGGAUGA